AUGGCAUGCAAAGCUCUGUGCUUUGGGCUGAUUUGUAUUAUCUUUGCUUACUACAUUUAUGCACCAAUGCCAGAGAACAUUGAAGAACCUUGGAAAGUGGGGCUCAUAGAUGCUGCUAUAAAGACAACUUCAUUUGUGUGUAUGUUAACGGAAAAUAUGGGUCUGAUAAGACAAGAUCAAGUAUUUUCCACAUUUGUGAAAGUGGACUACACAUCACCAGUGUCAGAUUCAAACAUCACAGUGACAGACACCACCUUCAGUGGCAGUCCAGUGCGCUUGUACCUGCCCAAGAGGAAGUCGGACAGUAGGAGACCAGCUGUCAUCUAUAUUCAUGGCGGUGCCUUUGUCCUGGGAAGUUUCAAGCUGAGCAGCUAUGACUUCCUGAACAGAUGGACGGCGAACACACUUGAUGCUGUUGUUGUGGCAGUGGACUACAGACUAUCACCCGAAUACCAGUUCCCUGUUCCCCUUGAAGAUGUCAUUUCAGCAGUCAAGUUUUUUCUACAGGAUGAAGUUCUUGAAGCCUAUGGGGUGGAUCCCACCAGGAUCUGUAUUUCGGGGGACAGUAGCGGGGGCACUUUGGCAGCGAUAAUAACUCAUCUGGUACAGAAUGAUGCUGAAUUUAAAAACAAAUUUAAGGCACAAGCUUUACUUUACCCAAUCUUACAGAUAGUUGACCUUUUGUUGCCAUCCUACCAAGAACAUCAACACGGUCCGAUUCUUCCUAGAAAAAUGGCUAUUGAAAUGGGAUGCCUGCAUAUCUCUAAGGACAAAGCUCUUACCAAGGCAAUGAUAUUAAAUAACCAUAUGCCUUUGGGAUCAAGACAUCUGCUCACAUUGGUGAACUGGAGCACUCUUCUUCCUGAGAACUACAAAAAGAACCAUGUAUAUACUGAACCAGUUCUUAGCUCUAACUCUUCAUAUCCACAGCUUUUGAAUUCUUCACUAUCACCCUUGUUAGCCAGUGACUCUCAGCUACAGAAUGUACCAUUGACGUAUGUCCUUACCUGUGAACAUGACAUCCUACGAGAUGAUGGACUUAUGUACAUCACACGUCUUCGAAACCUUGGACAUAAAGUCUCUCAUGACCACAUAGAGGAUGGAGUCCAUGCAGCACUAUCAUUCACAAGAUUUCCAUUUUAUUUACAUGUGGGCAUGAGGAUAAAAGAGAAAUACAUUAGGUGGUUAAAAGAAAACCUAUAA